AGACUGUCUUACCUCCUCUAGUCCUUGCUCAGUCUGCUGCAUUUUAGGAGGAAGAUGUCCUGUUAUUACGAGUGUGAGUAUUGUUUUCAGCCAGCCCAUCUGAUCACCGUGGGAACCCCGGAGGACUGAUUCCCCUCUGCCUCUCCCUCUGAUACUGUUGCCAGACAGAGAGUGUGUGAAUGUUGGACAAACCCCCUUCCUUGCACGUUUCCUCGUCUGCCUGGCGUUUCUUUUCCUGAUUAAAAAAAAAAAAAGCAAGACAUCCCAGGGACCUCCUCUCUGCCUCUCUGCCUGCCUGCCUGUGUGUGUUUUUCUCUCUCUCUCUGUAUUUUGCAUGAAGGAGAGAGAUGGCUGCAGACGGAGCUAGAUCCAGGUUUGGCAAUCUGGGCCAGCGUGGUGGAGGAAGCAGUAACAGUAGCCCAUCUUCCAGUCCAAAGCUUGGAGGGGGGAAGAACAGGACCCCACCACAGCAUAAGAGACAAACCAAUGCCCCCUCUUCACCUGGGACCAAACACCAGCAGCUGAAACAAGCCUCGUCCUCCCCUGGGCAUAGCUUCAAAAAAGUCACCCUCACCAAGCCCACCUUCUGCCACCACUGCACGGAUUUUAUCUGGGGUCUGGGAGGCUUCCAGUGUGAAGUUUGCAAUUUUAUGUCUCAUGAGAAGUGCCUGAAGCAUGUGAAGACUCUCUGUGCUUGUAUGGCCUCCAGCCUAGUAAGGGUCCCGGUAUCACAUUGCUUCCGAUCACCUGGACAUUACAAGAAGAAAUUCUGUGCUGUGUGUAGAAAACACUUAGAAGAAAGCUUGGCUUUACGAUGUGAAGUUUGUGAACUUCAUGUACAUUCAGAUUGUGUCCUGUUUGCUUGCAGUGACUGUCGGCAGUGCCACCAUGGGGGCCAGCAGGAUCAUGAUACAUAUCAUCAUCAUUGGCGAGAGGGAAAUUUCUCUUCGAGCGCCCGUUGUGAGGUGUGUAAGAAAACGUGCGGUUCUUCAGAGGUCCUCUCUGGAAUGAGAUGUGAAUGGUGUGGCAUUCAGGCACACGCCUCCUGCUACAUAGUCAUCAAACAUGAAUGUACCUUUGGAAGGCUACGAGAUAUGGUGCUUCCUCCCAACUGUGUUCGCUUGCACUCACGAAAUUUUAGUAAAAUGCAUUGUUUUAGAAUAUCAGAGUCUCUCCAAACCGAGCAAGAUGAUGAUAAUGAAUUGGAUGGAAUAACACAGGGAUCAGUGAAAGACACGACGACUUCAGCUGAUUCAAGCAAACAAAGUUUAAAGAUUUAUGAUGGUCAUGAUGCUGUGAAGCGCAACCAACCUAGAACAAUCUCUGUUCCAAGGAUCGCAAAGAGUGAAGAAGUGGUGGAGGCUGCUUUGAGGUCAUACUAUAUCCCUGAUGACCCACAGGAUUAUGAACUGCAGACGUUGACCCAUCAGACCCUGGUUUGUGAUGACAUCAUUAAUAGAAACGGUGCUGCAGAGGACAGCAAAACUACUUCUGUGUUCAAAGAAGCUGAGGCAUGGAUCAUUAAAGCCAAACCAAAGGACCGAGAAGUCAUAAAGGUUUAUCUUGGAUGGAUGAAAGUCGGUGUGGCAUACAUAUCCAUACCGGUUGGCAGAGAGAACACCGUUCAGACAGUCAUUCAAGAAGUUCUCUUGCAGCUUGGUCGACAGAAGGAAAGUCUGGAGAAUUUCAGGCUGGUGGAAGUCUUUAUGGGCAGCAAGCAAGUGCAGAGACGAGUCCUGCUGAUCGAUGAGUUAAUUCUUGAUGUUCUUCAAGAUAUCCGCAAGACUUCAAUUCGCCAGAUGAACCAGACAAGGUUUUAUAUUGAAGAAAACCAAAAGUCAGAAAUUCUGAUUCAUAUUUUGAUUAGUGGUUUACCACCUUUGCUUACUGCUGAAGAAUACAUUAAUCUUUUAAAAGAACAUCUAGAUAUUAAAGAACAUUUAGUGUCUGUAGUCCCAACAUAUUCUCCACAAGGCGCUGUUGUGCUGGAAAUUUCAUGCUUUUCUGAAGCGGAAAGAAUAUUUAUGCUGGUUAAAGACACCACUGUGAACAACAAACCUCUAACGGGUGUUAUCAUUUCUCAGAUACUGCAUGAAAAACUACCCCAGAGCACCUGCCCUCUUCUUGUAUUUGUGAACCCUAAAAGUGGUGGACUUAAGGGCCGUGAUCUCCUUUACAGUUUCCGAAAAUUGUUGAACCCACAUCAGGUUUUUGAACUAACAAAUGGAGGUCCUCUUCCUGGAUUCCAUGCAUUCGCUCACGUUCCAUAUUUUCGGGUACUUGUUUGUGGUGGUGAUGGUACUGUUGGGUGGGUUCUUGGUGCACUUGAGGAGAUACGACACAAGUUAGCAUGUACAGAACCAUCCAUAGCUGUCCUUCCCUUGGGGACAGGAAAUGAUUUGGGUCGGGUGCUGCGUUGGGGAGCUGGGUAUAGCGGGGAGGAUCCAUACUCCAUUCUAAUUGCUGUGGACGAAGCGGAAAAUGUUCUAAUGGAUCGUUGGACUAUACUCUUAGAUGCGCAGGAGGUUGUUGAAUCUAUGGAAAAUGGUAUAUCAGAACCUGAGCCACCUAAGAUUGUCCAGAUGAACAACUACUGUGGAAUUGGAAUUGAUGCUGAACUGAGUUUGGACUUUCACCAAGCCCGGGAGAUUGAGCCUGGAAAAUUCAAUAGCAGGUUUCACAACAAAGGAGUUUAUGUAAGAGCUGGUUUGCAGAAGUUAAGUCACAACAGAAACCUGCAUAAAGAUUUAAAACUUCAGGUUGACCAACAAGAGAUUGAGUUGCCCAACAUAGAAGGCCUUAUUUUUCUCAAUAUCCCCAGUUGGGGAUCAGGAGCUGAUUUGUGGGGUUCUGAUAACGAUAACCGAUAUGGAAAGCCAAGGAUUGAUGAUGGAUUACUUGAAGUUGUUGGUGUUACAGGUGUAGUUCACAUGGGACAGGUGCAAGGUGGCCUGCGUUCAGGCAUACGCAUUGCCCAGGGUUCAUACUUCCGUGUAACACUGCUAAAACCUAUUCCUGUACAAGUUGAUGGUGAGCCGUGGAUCCAGCCACCAGGACAGAUAAUUAUUUCUGCUGCGGGUCCAAAGGUCCACAUGUUGAAGAAGUCUAAGCAGAAACAAAAGAAAACCUCUUCCAGUUCAAAAGAUUCAAAAGUGGAUUCUGUUACUGUUAAUGACAAUGGAAGCUAAGAAAGGAGGGACUAGCAAAAGGACCACACAAUAUUUUUAAUGAGACAUAGGAACUGCAGAAGAGAGAACUGGACGGAUGGCCUGGUGCAUCUUGUAGGAGAACCACUGGGAGUAGAAUCUUCUUCCACCCACAAUAACUGUUGUUUUUGCAACUAUCGUUUGCAGUGCUCAGUUUUAACAUUCUUCCUACCGCUUCCAGUAAGGGUUUCACCUGGAAAGUCUUAAAAUUAAUGUACAAACUAAUCCGGGUAGUUAUCCUGUAUAUCUAGAAGCAAUUCUGUCUGUGUUUUUAACUUGUGCAUGAAAUGAGCUGACCGUUCUUGUAUUCAUAGCAAACAUGCACUGGAAACCCAUUUUAACAACUUGGUCACAAAAUACGUUAUUAGGGUUUAUUCAGCACUUUUGUCCAGUGUGUAGUAAUAGGGGCAAACAGGAGUUUGAAUUAGUACCAUAAAAACACAUUGAGAGUUAGAAAGUUUAAAAAAAAAAAAGUUAAGGAAACUUCUAUAGUUUCACAUUAUUUAAUGAUAUUACUAAAUUACCUUCUGCCAAACGUUGACAGUGUAAACAUUAAAUUUAA